GUGCUACUACUUCUAGUGCUCAGCAGAGACGAGCUGCAGAUGGGGCGGCGUCCAUGGUCAAUGUAUGUAUGUAUAUUUCUUUUAUAAGGCCGUAGCGGUUAAGCCAUGGACCUGGAAGUGCAAGUAUACACAAUCAAUGAAGCCCUGCCUCCAGCUCAUACUUGCAGCUUCAUUCGUCCAUUCUACAGUUUUUUGAGUCUGGUCAGCAUUGCACCCAUGUUUUGGCUGGUAGUCCGGGGGUCCGACUAAUCGCCACCAUGCGAGCUCCCUGGAAAACGAUAAGCUGCAGAGGCGGUGUGCUGCUCAGGAAGUUUGAAACAUUCAAGACCUCCCCGCCUCCUGAAUGCGGCCUUGCUGUGCUGGAGAGAAGUGGAAGCAGAACAAAUGGUGAAUGGUGGAAACCCAGAUGCCUGGAAGAAAGUAAGAAAGAAGUUGGAGAGGAAUUAAGGGCUCAAAAACAGACGGCUGACUGGAGAUCACCGCACAGACAUUUGGGGCAGGAUUCUGGAGGCUUAUUAGAGGACAGGCUGUCCAGCGGAGUGCACUGGGUGAUUGCUGAUGUGCUUGUCCGCCAUCGCAAGGCUUUGAGCUGUCCAGUCGGCCUGCAACAAGAUACUACCAUUGCGGGCUUCAGUCAAGCAGUGGUAGCUCAGGAGAGCUUCCGACCGCCCAGAAUGCACAGAAGCUAUGCCUCCGCAGCGGUGACCAGUCCUGAGGACCCAGUUGAGGAGUUCAACAAGGAGAUGUCAUCGCUAUUUGGCGAGCAGCUUACAGGCGACCACCUCUCUCAAGCGUCAAGGGGGGCAGCAUUCAGUGAAAGCACUGCAACGAAGGAUCGCGAAACGAAUCCCAGUGGUCCUUCAUCAACAGAGCGUGAGAGUCAAAGCGGAAGCGAAGACGAGGGGCCCCACAGGGGUGGAGAUGGAAGCAUUGACGGCAGCUUCGGUAGCCAGCUUAACAGUGUAUGA